AAAAGAGGAGCGGGGGCGCGCAGGUUCAUGCAAACCAGCACGCGCGUGCACGUAAUCGACUGGCAACAAGACGUGCUGUGUGGCGUCAUCAAGGUCGACGAACACAGAAGUCUGCGGCCGCUUUUUGUGACAGAACUUGAACAGUAAACUGGAGGCAGUGAAAGCAACGACAGGCUGUUGACGUUGAGUGACUCGGCUUUAUCACAGAACCUAAAGCCACAAGCAAGGAAGAAACAGCGGCCAUAUACUGUGACACUAAGAUGGACGUGAAAGAGGAGACGUGUGAGGCUGACAUAAAGACCACAGAUAUAAUAACUGUAAACUUUGAGGAUAAAGAGGACUGUGAAUGGGAGUCUGUCCACCCUAAGCAGGAGAGUCCCAGCAUUAAAGAAGAGGAUUAUGAACUGGUAACUGUGGACAUUAAAGAAGAGGCCAUGGAAACAUCUGUCAGCAUUGAGGUACCCAGACAAAAAAGUAUGGAGUGUACUGAGCUCAAGGUGGUGUCUGAAUCAUUACAGUCUGACACAAAGAGGACCAAGGAAAUUUCAUCAGUUAGAACUCAAGAAGAACAACCAUCCCCUACACCUCAGUCUGGAGAAAGGAAUAAACCUCACUGCUGUUCUGAAUGUGGCAAACGAUUCUGGUACAGGAGUGCCCUUCAAAGUCACAUAAGAAUUCACACGGGAGAGAAGCCAUAUUGCUGCUUGGAGUGUGGAAAACAAUUCUCUGACAGGAGUGCUCUUCAGAAACACACAAGGAUUCAUACUGGUGAGAAGCUGUAUUGCUGUAAUGAAUGUGGCAAACAGUUCUCACAAACUGGCCAUCUCCAGACCCACAGAAGAAUUCACACAGGAGAAAAGCCAUAUUCCUGUUCCGAAUGUGGCAAACAGUUCUCCGACAGGGGGAGUCUUCAGAGACACACUAGAAUUCAUACUGGAGAAAAACCAUAUUACUGUUCUGAAUGUGGCAAAGAGUUUUCACAAAGGAACGGAUUUGAGAGCCACAUAAGAAUUCACACUGGAGAGAAGCCAUAUUGUUGUUCUGAAUGUGGGAAACAAUUUUGUCGUAGGAGUAAUCUUCAGAGCCACAAAAAAAUUCACACUGGAGAGAAACCAUAUUGCUGUAAUGAAUGUGGCAAACAAUUCUGUUACAAGAGUAAUCUCCAGAGACACCAAAGAAUUCACACCAGAGAGAAGCCAUUUUGCUGUAAUGAAUGUGGAAAAGAAUUCUCACAAAUAGGCAGUCUCCAGAGACACACUAGAAUUCACUCUGGAGAAAUAAAACGAGCAGACUUCAGGCAAGGAACAGGCAGCUGUAACACCAAGAUGGAUAUCAAAGAAGAAAUUUGUGAGGCUGGCAUAAAGAUCAUGAAGUUAAUGACUGUAAAUGUUAAGGAGGAGGAUUGUGAAUGGGAGUCUGUCCACCCCAAACAGGAGAUUCUGGGCAUUAAGGAUGAGGAUUAUGAACUGGGAACUGUGGACAUUAAAGAAAAGGCUGAGGAGACACCCAUCAGCACUGAGACGCACCAACAUGAAACUCUGAAUGGCGGUGACCUUACUGUGAAGUCUGAAUCCUUACAGUCUGACACAAAGGGAACUGAGGAAAUGUCACCUGUUAGAACUCUGGAAGAUCAGCCACCAUCUACAAAUCGGUCUGGAGAAGUUUUACCAGACAAUGGCAGCUUCUUAACCUCUUCAUCUCAGACUUCUGUUCAGUGCAGAUCACAGCAGACAACAGCUAAUGGUAAUAUGAAGAAACUGACAUCUGGAUCACAAAGUGUGAUACCAGCCUGUUUGCAGGAUGAUUCUCUGCCAGUGAUGAAAGUAACAACCGACUCGGCCACGAUCAACCAGGAGCAGAGGAAAAAGUGUAAUCCAAGUGGAACACAACAGAAUGUUCAUCAAUGUUCGGAAUGUGGCAAAGGAUUCACACAAAUUAAAAGUCUUCGGAGCCACAGAAAAAUUCACACUGGAGAGAAGCCAUAUUGUUGUUCUGAAUGUGGCAAGCGAUUUACACAACUGGGCCAUCUUAAGAAACACAAAAGAAUUCACACAGGGGAGAAGCCGUAUUGUUGUUCUGAUUGUAGUAAGCGAUUCACACAACUGUGCAGUCUUAAGAUCCACAGAAGAAUUCACACAGGGGAGAAGCCAUAUUGUUGUUCAGUAUGUGGUAGGGGAUUUAUCUGCACUGGCAGCCUUCAGGAGCACAGAAGAACUCAUACGGGUGAGAAGCCCUAUUGCUGUUCUGAAUGUGGAAAACGAUUUUAUCGCAGAAGAAAUCUUCAGAGCCACAAAAACAUUCACACCGUAGAGAAGCCAUAUUGCUGUAAUGAAUGUGGCAAACAAUUCUGUUACAAGAGUAAUCUUCAGAGACACCACAGAAAUCACACCAGAGACAAGCUGUUUUGCUGUAAUGAAUGUGGAAAAGAAUUCCUACGUAUUGGCAGUCUGCAGCGACACAGCAGGAUUCACACUGGUGAGAAAAAAACAGCACACUUUAGCAGUCAAGAGUGAGGUUCACUCCUCUCCUGAUAGGUAAGCAUUGUUGAG